AUGUCAACCAAGCGCCCCUCCGAAGCCGGCGCCCUGAUUUCCAAACGCCCCAAGCCCGACGACCCGAACACCCAGCAACUGGUGGUCAGCAGCGAUGGAACGGGCAAGGGUCAGCUGAUCCAAUCCGUCAAGAGGACGAGCGGGUUAGCCGCCCCGAUCAUGGUGCUCAGUGGCCACUCGGCCGAAGUAUUGGACGUGAAAUUCGACCGAUCGGGCGACCAUCUGGCGUCGGCAUCUGCUGAUCGAACAAUUAACCUGUGGUCGGUUUAUGGAGAAGAGUGUCGGAACUACGGCGUGUUGAAAGGGCCCAAGGGGGCGAUCCUAUCCAUCGAUUUCUCGCCCCUGCGUCCCUUGGAGCGUCUCUACGCAGGCUCAGCAGACAAGAGUCUGACCACAUUUGACCUCAAAACCGGACAGUCUGUUCGUCGCCACCGCGGACACGGGGCGUUGCUGAACUCGAUUGCAGUUUCUGGUGCGAGUGGACACGACCUACUGGCAUCUGCUUCAGACGAUGGAACAGUACGGAUAUGGCGCGAGGACGAUAAGGAGCCUCUCGAUUCCUUCGAACUUGGCUAUCCGCUGACUGCCGUUGAAUGGAGUGCCGACGGCCAACAGAUCUUUGUCGGCGGAUUGGAUAACGACAUCCACUGCUUCGAUCUCCGUAAGAAAGAGGUCUCGUGGAGCCUGAGAGCUCACACAAAUACCAUCGCCGGCCUCAAACUAAGUCCGGACGGAAGUUUCCUCCUGAGUGCCGGAUUUGAUGACACCGUCCGAAUCUGGGACGUCCGGCCUUUUGCUCCAGUUACCGGCACGCAUGGUCCGAAUGCCCCUCGUCGUUUGGUACAAACGCUGUUAGGAGCACCAGCUGGGUUUGACAACCAAUUACGAUCGCCAGCGUGGGAUGCUUCUGGUGAUAAAGUCGCAGUAGGAGCAGCCGAUCGAACAUUGUGUAUAUGGAAUGUGAAUACUGGCAACAUAUUGUAUAAGCUUCCUGGCCAUAAAGGUACAGUCACCAGCUGUGCAUUCCAUCCAAAAGAACCAAUCAUUGCAAGCGGUGGCGUGGAUAGACAGAUCUUCCUAGGUGAAAUCGAUCCCGCUGCCCGAUAA